AUGUUGAGCAGCCUCGGGUUCAAGACAGGUGUAAGGGCAAGCUACAAUGUGCUGGAUAACCCGACAUUUAUAUCCGAGCCAUGGGCGAUAUAUCCAGCUAAACAUCGAAGUUCGGGACGGAUAGUUUCCGUGUUUAUAUUCGACAAGAGCAAAUUUGAAUCACAGGUUCAUCGGCUUUGCUCGACGUCAUCGAACACCACUAGCCCCAAAAAGAUUAUCAAGGAGUGCUACGAGUUGAUCAAGUUUGAAGUGGGCCAAUUGAGUAAACUCAAACACCCGCAGAUAUUGACCAUCAUUGAAGUCUUGGAGGAAACGAAAACCAAAUUCUUGUUUGUGAGCGAGCCCAUCUCGGGAAAUUUGAUCACGGCCAAUGACAAGGACUUGGACCUGUUGUCUGUGCAAAAGGGGUUAUUGCAAGUGGCUAAAGGGUUGCAAUUUCUACACACGCAGGGCAACAUCAUCCAUUUAAACAUUCAGCCAUCCUCGAUUUACAUCAACAACCAAGGCGAUUGGAAAUUGGGCGGAUUCAAGUUUUUGCGGAACUUGAACGAGUUGUCUCCUCAAGAGAGAGACAACUUCUACAUCAUGAACAACUCCACCGUGAUUCCAUUUGCCAAUUUGAAUCUCAAUUUCACCGCUCCCGAGUUGAUUAUUGAUUCUCAGACUAAGUUGGACUUUGCCAAUGAUAUAUGGUCGUUUGGAAUGUUGAUUUUUUAUGUUUACAACCACCCUGCCAUGUUGAUUGACUCGUUUGAUCCAAGUAGCAUACAGGACUUUAAGCAAAAUUUCCGCAGGUUUGAGCAAAAGUUUUACAACCGCCAGCCUGUCGAAUUGAAGCAUAUUUUGAAAGAUGUCCCCGAUAAACUCCACAUGUUGUUCCCGCAGUUGCUAGCGAGGUACCCUUAUGAUAGGCUCACGUUGGACCAGUUUAUCGACUCUGAUUUCUUCAACGGCAGCAUCAUCAAGGCCAUGUGGUUUAUUGACGAGUUCUCAACCAAAUCGAUACAUGAAAAGUUGAUGUUUUUAAAAGGACUACUAGAGUUUGACCCAGAGACACAGUCUGACUUGAUCAACCAGUUCCCACAAACGUUCCGGUCGCUGAAGUUGUUGCCUUUGCUCAUCAGCGUGGUGCUCAAUGAGCUCUCGGUGCGUGAUGAAUCUACUGCCAUCGAUCCCAACGUGGAUGAGUUGAUCAGCUACUCGCUAGAGAUCAUUAUGAUUAUAUCUAAAAACUUGGCAGGAUUGACUUUUCAAGACCGGGUGUUUAACGUCUUGCUCAAGGACAACACCUCGCUACUGGAGAAAGUCUAUGAUGCGAUUUUCAAGGACGAUUCCAAGGGCAAGAAAUCAAGCAAGAUUUUCACCAAAUUGAUCAAUACAUCAGUCAAGACGAGACUCACUUUGGUCAACAAUCUAGCGGUUUUGCAAGAAAAGACCAAUGAGAAACAGUUUGUUGGUUUCAUCAAGCAUAUAUUGGAGUUGGUGUUUACAUUGGGUUCAAACGAGCAAGAUCAAAAACACGUUCAAAUUGUGCUUCAGGAAAAGUUUUUGGAUUACAUGCCCACGUUUAUUUCGAUGAUUGAGUUUCCCUAUAUGAAAAACACCAUGUUCCCUUUGUUGUGUCGAAUAUUCCAAUCCACCACUGUGUACUCGACCAAGUUGAAGAUUCUAGAUACGUUUGAGGCGUUUUGCGACCAGAGGGUGAUUGAUAAGAUUAUAAUCGACGAGCAAUUGCUACCGAUCACGCGCGGCAUCACCGAUAGAAACAGAGAAAUUGUCACCAAGUUGAUAAAUUUCUUUGCCAAGGUUGUUACCAGCGAGCACGUCAAUCUCGAUAUGAAGACCGCAGUUGACUCUGUUUUACCUCAAUGUUUUUCGUUUGCAUUUGGGUGCACUGAUUGUGGACAAGAUGACUUUAAAUCGUACAUGAAGAUUAUCAACAAUGUGCAGCAGCAUUUGGUGGAGAACAAGUUGCAGCAAUUGCCGCAAGUGGCACAUGGCGUUAGUAACGGCGAUAAUGCGUCAAGCUUUGGCACACUAUUGCAAAACCAAGCUAUAAAAGAGCCGGAAAAGGAACCAGUUGGACCGAAAACAAAAGCAAUGCAGCCGACGAAACCACCACCCGCAAUAAGGACAAAUAAAAAGCCAUUGGAGAAAAAUCAGUCGAUCCAACUUCCAACUUCGAGUAAACGGCACUUGAAGCCGAGCCAACCCAAGACUGCCACUGCCUCUACUGGCACCACCAUCAAUAAUAAUUCAUCUCUAUCUUUUGGAGCUAGUAGCCAGUCGUCCAAUGCUGCUAACGCCAACAUUCUCAGUAAGAUGAAGAGCACCUAUGAAACACAGGACAAGGAUAACGAAGGAUUUGACGAAUUUCAGCUGGCUACAUCCUUGGAGUCGCUGCAGGCUAAUCCAAGCGGUGGCAACAAGAUCAACUGGAUGAGUGAAGUGAAUAAAAUGAAAACCUUGCCAACUACACCGCCACUACAAAAGUCGACAUCAUCGUCGUUGUCCUCAAAUGGAGUAAAGUUGCAGCAAAAUGGCACUCAGCCCACGGUGAAAUAUCCCCCCGGUUUCAAUUCAAACUCUGUCCUCUCUCCAAAGAGCUCAACAUUGACUCGCACCCAGCCAAACUUGCAAAAGCAUCAAAAUAGCACCACUACCACCAACAAUGUAAAUACUGAUCUUUUAGAUUUGCUAUGA